AUGAUUAGGCCGACUCAGGACACUCUUCAGACAAUACCAAAUAUGAGCGACAAUCAGCGUGGACGUGGUUUUGGCGGUCGUGGCCGUCGCGGUGGCCCCCGCCGCCGUGAAGAGAAGGGCUGGGAGCCCGUUACCAAGCUCGGCCGUCUUGUGAAGGCUGGCAAGGUCAAGUCCAUGGAGGAGAUCUACGCUCACUCUUUGCCCGUUAAGGAGUUCCAGAUUGUUGACACCUUCUUGCCCGGUCUCAAGGACGAGGUCAUGAAGAUCAAGCCUGUCCAGAAGCAGACCCGUGCCGGUCAGCGCACCCGCUUCCGUGCCGUCGUCAUCGUCGGUGACGGUAACGGCCAUGUCGGUCUCGGCGUCAAGACCUCCAAGGAGGUUGCCACCGCCAUCCGUGCCGCUAUUGUUAUUGCUAAGCUCUCUGUCAUCCCCGUCCGUCGUGGCUACUGGGGUUCCAAGAUCGGCAAACCCCACUCCCUGGCCUCCAAGGUCACCGGUAAGUGCGGUUCCGUCACUGUGCGUUUGAUCCCUGCUCCCCGCGGUAAGGGCGUCAUCGCCUCCCCCGCAGUCAAGAAGCUCCUGCAGUUCGCCGGUGUUGAGGACGCUUACACCUCGUCUGUCGGUACCACCCGCACUGUCGAGAACACCCUCAAGGCCACUUUUGCUGCCAUCGGUAACACCUACGCCUUCUUGACUCCCAACCUCUGGGAGGUCCAGCCUUUGACUGCUUCUCCUCUUGAUGUUCACUUCACCGUUGCCGGCGGCCGUCGUUAA